AUUAUAUCCACCAAAAAUGAGUGAAGAAGAAAAUGAAAAAACAAUUGCUUUUAGUGAUGGUUCACUUGCUCCCAAAGAAGGACUUGAGGGAGAGAACCAAUUAAGCUCAGUAUCCUCAUCUAAUAAUGCUAAACCAAAGAUUAAGAAAGUAAUUGCAGAUAGAGACUGGGAUACAAAUAUUGCUUCGUUGGAGACAAAGUCCGACAAAAGAUAGGUGCUUUAUCAUGCCAUAUCCAAUAAAGAGUAGAAUGGUUAAGGGUUUAGGUGGUAUAAAAAGAUUUAGGAUUAUAUCUCUUACUCUGAACUUAAGAUAAAGCCCUAGACUAUCCAGCUCUAUCGACUGAGGCUUCAAUUAAAUCUAAAACAACAUUGAGAGAACAUACGUAGAAUUAUGUUUGGGAAAUAUGAUUCCCCAAAAAUGUAUAUCAAUAUUACCUUAUCAUUGGACUCAACAGGGAAAUAUACUGGUAUCCCUACAGAUCUUAUAGAUGGUUUAUAACAUACUAUGGCAAUCUAUGAAGGUUAUAAAAUCCUAAAAGCUUUGAAAAGAUUCUUCUCGCAGACCCUCAAAGAAGAUGACUACCACUUCAAGGCCACUGUCAAGAAGGAAAUGCUAGAGAUAUCAAAGAGAAGCUCUGCUAAGUUACUGCUGAUUUCUAGACAAAGCU